AUGGCACUGAGCAGUUGUAUGCCAAGCAGAAUAAUUCAGCGUAGUGAUUGUGCAACGCAUAGCUUACCAUUCCAACAUAACGGACAAAACCGUGUAUGGGCAUCACUUGGUGCCCGCUACGUGGCUUUAAUAUCACAAUCCAAUAUGUUCUUUUCAAUUUUGAUAACUAUCCUUUUUAUUAUUAUCUUCAUCAGUGCUCAAUAUCUAAGUGGUUCAUUUAAACCAGUUAAAUCAGAAUUUGUACCUUUAUUAUUACAGUUAUCAUUUUUAAUGGAUUGUUACCUUGUCAGCAUAUUUUAUCAUCUUAGUAAAACAACAGGUCCAAAUGCUAUUGGUUAUGCUUUAUGUCACCAAUUUUCAACGUUCCAGAAUAGUAAUCAUCCAUCAUCUCGAGAAACACCAAUCAAAUCAUCAACAAAUUCAAUAACAAGUCAGCUGUUAUCUGACAAAGCACCUUUUAUGAAGUCAAUGCUAUUGAUUGAGAAAUUUUUCACUUAUUAUUCAAUACAAAAAUAUGGUUGUGUUUAUACAUCAUCAGGUCAGGUGAACAAAGUCGACAAUAUCACAAAUACUGCUGCUGUUGAUAAUGAUCAUGAUAAUCUACUACCACUUCCAUUGUCUGAACAGUAUCUUCGAGGGAUUGGUAAAUUUUUUCGUGAAUGCUUAUCUGACAGUGAUAUUCGAUAUGACACCUAUGUACUAUACUACAUUGGACCAGAUAAUAAUAAAGGUGAUUGGAUAUUUGAAGAUGAAAGUGUAAUUACUUUAAAGAAUCUUAUUGACUUAUGGGAAUUAGCAUGUCUAUCGAAAUCGUUCAAAAACUUAUCGAGAAGUAUGCGUCUUUUAAUCUUAUUGGAUACUUUACAUUCUGAAGAAUGGUGUAAAUCAUUGACUAAAUGGAAUACACAAUGUUGUAUAGCAAUACAAUCAGCUAUACCAGUGUUCAGUAGUAAUAGUAAUAAUAAUAAUACUGCUGAUCAAAAUCAUAAUUCAUUCAUUGGUAUGUUCACGGAAUUCUGGAUAAAAGAAAAUAUUUCAAGGAUUAGUUAUCCUAGUCAAAUAUCCUCUGUUGAAGAACUUCGUGGAAAACUUAUGAAUUUAUCACAACCAAUAAAAUUUAUUUACUCAACAACAAAUAGUUGGUUCAACUUUCAACUUCGUGUACCGUCAAUCGAGGAGAUAAAUAAGUAUUUGAAGUUUGUAUUCCCGAAACCGUUACAAAAGUUGUACUAUACAUUUUUAUCAAUAUUUCAGAUCAAUAAGAUCGAUAACAAGAAUACUACUAAUAAUAAUAAUAACGUAUGCAACAAUAGAGAUGCAGAAGAAAAAGACGAGGGAGAGGAAAUGACUAUCUCACAGAAGUUAUUAUUAUUAUUAUCAUACACCAAAUACAUUUUCUAUCCAUUAAAUAUAUUGAUGAGAUUCACGUAUACUAAAGUCACCGAUCAAUAUAGACAAAUGUAUUUUGCCUAUUUUUCAUCUGAUUUAUUAGAAAUUGGUCAUGGAUUUAUUUUAAUGCGUACAUGA